AUGUACCGGGACCCGGAGGCGGCCAGCCCAGGGGCGCCCACCCGCGAUGUCCUGCUGGUCUCUGCCAUCAUCACCGUCAGCCUUAGCGUCACUGUCGUCCUCUGCGGCCUCUGCCACUGGUGUCAGCGCAAACUGGGCAAACGCUACAAGAAUUCCUUGGAGACGGUGGGCACGCCAGACUCAGGGCGUGGGCGCAGUGAGAAGAAAGCCAUCAAGUUGCCUACCGGAGGGAAGGCAGUGAACACAGCCCCAGUGCCGGGCCAGACGCCCCACGAUGAGUCUGACCGCCGGACCGAGCCUCACUCCUCCGUCUCAGAUCUCGCCAACUCCCUCACCAGUGAGAUGCUCAUGCUCUCCCCAGGCUCUGAGGAGGACGAGGUCCACGAGGGCUGCAGCCGAGAGAACCUGGGCCGGAUCCAGUUCAGUGUCGGCUACAACUUCCAGGAGUCCACGCUCACCGUGAAGAUCAUGAAGGCCCAGGAGCUGCCGGCCAAGGACUUCAGCGGCACCAGCGACCCCUUCGUCAAGAUCUACCUGCUGCCAGACAAGAAGCACAAGCUAGAGACCAAGGUGAAGCGGAAGAACCUGAACCCCCACUGGAACGAGACCUUCCUCUUUGAAGGUUUCCCCUACGAGAAGGUGGUGCAGAGGGUCCUCUACCUCCAGGUCCUGGACUACGACCGCUUCAGCCGCAAUGACCCCAUCGGGGAGGUGUCCAUCCCCCUCAACAAGGUGGACCUGACCCAGAUGCAGACCUUCUGGAAGGAUCUGAAGCCAUGCAGCGAUGGGAGUGGAAGCCGAGGGGAGCUGCUCCUGUCUCUCUGCUACAACCCCUCUGCCAACUCCAUCAUCGUGAACAUCAUCAAAGCCCGGAACCUCAAAGCCAUGGACAUCGGGGGCACGUCAGACCCUUACGUGAAGGUGUGGCUCAUGUACAAGGACAAGCGGGUGGAGAAAAGGAAGACGGCGACAAUGAAGAGGAACCUGAACCCCACCUUCAACGAGUCCUUCGCCUUCGACGUUCCUACGGAGAAGCUGAGGGAGACAACCAUCAUCAUCACCGUCAUGGACAAGGACAAGCUCAGCCGCAACGACGUCAUUGGCAAGAUCUACCUGUCCUGGAAGAGCGGGCCCGGGGAGGUGAAACACUGGAAAGACAUGAUCGCGCGUCCCCGGCAGCCCGUGGCCCAGUGGCACCAGCUGAAGGCCUGAAUGCGGCCACGGGAGGCCCAGGGGGCCGAGGGCCUGCGUCCCCAUCAUGCCCUCACCACUUUAUGCACAAUGCCUGGCCUGGCCCCCCUGCCAUGGGUGAGGGAAGGAUCCUGAGGGCUGGGCCAGGGAGGGGGUCCCAGGAAUCCAGCCCCAUUUCUCGGGAGAACCAGCCCCAUUCCCCACCGGUCCAGCUCUGGUGGAGGGGCUCUGGGAGCCAUUUUCCUGCUUUGCCCCUUUCCUUCCUGACUUUGCCCAUACUAAAGAAGGGGGGGGGGCGGAGCACGAGAGCCAGGCGGGCAGACGAGCAGAUCCCUCCAGAGGCCCGCCAGGUGGGCACGGUCCCCCGUUUUCUUUAAGGCAGUGCCUGGAGUGGAGAAAGGCCGCCCCCUCCCCAGGCCGCAACGUGGGCCCAGGAGAGGGGAGGUCGAGGCGUUUGGCCCUGGCCCGACCAAGAGAGGCGUGUUCCAGGGCAGUUUCAGGUGCCGGCUGGGCCCUGAUUACCGAGGAUAGUAUAUAGCCCGCUCCGGGGUCCUGGAGCUGCAGCCCUGUGUACUUGUGUUGUGUCCACCGUGUGU